UCAUAUGAUAUAUGAAUGAUGUCAAAAAUGCCCCAGCGGAACGUGCUCAGCUCUUGAGGGAGUUAAGGGCGUUCAGUAUCUACCUGGGGACUGAACAGCCUCGUAGAGAUGGACCUUUCAGGCAGUUGCAUAGUCUCUUUGAAGAUUUGAAGCGGAAACUGGCGCAGGAGGGACCACAAACAUUCACUAUAAGGCUGACAGAAACGUUAAUGUGGAUUUCGGUGAAGAGGAUGUCGGGGAUAUGUUGAAGAAGGUGGAGAGGGUAAAGUCGCUGGUGAUGGUUGCUGUGCAACAGGAUCAUAUAUCCUUGACGCGAGCCAUAAGCGAAGACGUAGCCCGUGUCGACACGGUAGUUAACCAGAUCGCUCAAUCAUCUACCAGGAUCGAGCGCGGUAUUCUUUGAUUAGAAGGCAGCAUCUCUGGCUUAGAGGGAUC